GACUGCGAGGACGGCCUGGACGCAGCCGUGUGCCUGCUGCAGCACCUCGGCAGCGAGCCGCCUGCCAGCGGCAAGCUUCCGGCGGCCACUUCCGUGCCCGCGCCGUCCUUGCACACCUCGCCGGAGCAGCCCGGCGAGUCAACUCGUUCGAACAGUUCGGACGUGCUGGCUUUGUUCAGCACGUUGCGGCAGAAGGCCCGCUCUGCCGACUCUGCUGGCAUCCCCUGGAUCGUCCCCGUCGUGGCGCUUAUCCUGCCGGUGCUGGCGUUUAGCGCGGUGCUGCUGGGGGGCGCCUUCGGCUCCCCCGGCCAGGCGUUCGGCGAGCUCUAG